AUGGAUAUUUUAAAUGGUAGUGGGAGUGGUGCAGCUGGUGGAGCACCGGGAAUCAGUGGUAGUGGCGGUGCCAAUGGCGGUGGAGUCAACGGCGGUGGCGGUCACAGUGGGAUGCUCGAGAUCAUCACGGUCGAUGUGAUCGGUGCCGAGAAGGAGAUGUUGAUCAACAAUCUCAAUAGUAUAUCGCGUGUCAUAAAGAUCAUCCAGUCGCAAUACAAGAUUCUCUUUAACGACCCCGAUUCCGGUGACAGCAAGAUGAUGGCUGGAACCACCGAUUCCGACGACGAUCUUGGUGACGACCUCGAAGCAGAGGACGACAACCUCGAUCCGCCAGCACCAGAAGCCAUUUGUAAUAUUUAUUGUUUCGACACAAAACACAGACAAUCACUCGAUGACCUCAGAAAGGUCGUAGCCAAUCUCACCAACAACAACCCAUUAACUUCUUCACAAAUUCAAUCGGAUAAUUCAAAUCAAAUUCCAUCAAUUAUAGUUGGAUUGAAUGUAGGUCCAGGUGUAAGUUAUGUAAAAGAUUUAAGAUUAGUACAAGCAAAGUGGCCAUUUAUCGAGUGGAAAUCAUCUGACAGUGCAUUAGAAGUUUUCGAACACGUAGUGGAAGCUGUCUCGAGAUUAAAGAAACAAAUUGCAUUGAACGAUUCACUCAAGAAGGGUGAUGUAGAUGCAUUGGAUUUAGUUAUUUUAUCAAAAGUAUCACAUGAACAAUUGGCAGAAGCACAUAAAGCAGGACAUGCAAUUGUUUUCGAUUCAUUGUUGGCACAUAAUAGUAAUGCGCUGGUGGUGACUGCGACGAUGGCGUUGUUGGGCGCGGUUGUAGAGACCAACGAACAAAAGAAACAAAAGAGAUUGUCGUUGACAAAGUCGGGAUUGACUCGUUUCCCAAUGUCGGUGACUCAGAUGUGUAAGCAUUUGGUCGAGUUGGAUCUGAGUGACAAUAGAAUUACAGAGUUGCCUUCCGAUAUUCAGGAACUCAAGAAUCUUAGAAUUCUGAUAUUGCGUGACAACCGUUUGGAGACGAUUCCACUCGAGGUGUGUCAUCUCAAGGACUUGAAGAUUUUGGAACUUCAGAACAAUCCACUCUCCGAUUUCCCUCCCUCGGUGAUUGCCAGCGGCACCAAGAAUCUGUUGUCGUUCUGUAAGAAUAUUUUAGAGGGACAACACAAUGAGACCUGGAAGAAGGUGAAACUCAUGUUUGUGGGUCAAGAGGGUGUCGGAAAGACAAGUUUGUUGCAGGCAUUGACUGGCUCCAAGAAGAAAAAGGGUGAGCUGCAAGUCACUGGUGACACCAUCUCGACAGAGGGUGUCAAGAUCCAGACCGUCAAGGGUAAGAAGAUCGAUUUUUCAGCGUGGGACUUUGGUGGACAACAAGUUUUCUAUCCAACACAUCAGUUCUUCUUGACAUCGAGAGCACUCUAUCUCGUUGUUUUCAAGCUGACCGACUCGAAUUGGGCAGAGCGUGUCGAGUAUUGGAUUCGUCAGAUCAAGUCGAUUUGCGAGGGUGGUAUCAAACCAGCACUCUUCUUUGUUGGUACUCACAUCGAUGUUUGCACACCUGAGCAACUCUCCGAAGUGGAAAUGAUCAUUAAGAAAUCGUUUUUAGUUCACACACGUGUAAAGGAGCCAGUUUGUUUCGUCAGUUGCUCCACUGGCAAGGGUGUAAAGGAUCUCAAGAAGAAGUUGACAACCGAAGCUGAAAAGGCAGGACUCAUCAAGAAGGAUAUUCCAGGUACUUAUAUUCUUCUCGAGCAUCGUCUCACCAAGCGUGGUGCCAACCCAGGCAAGAUGUUGGCUCCAACGACCUCGUCGGCAUCGCUCACAAUGUCAGGUAGUGGUGUAUCGGUAAAGGACCGUUACAUCGAGUGGGAAGACUACUCGAACGAAGCGAGAUUGGCACACAUGAAAGUGCCCGAGGAGUUGGAAGCAGCCACUGCAUUCCUCCACAAUCUGGGUAUCGUUCUUCACUACAACACACCGUCACUCAAGAAUUUGGUGGUUCUCGAUCCACAAUGGCUGGCCGAUGUCAUGUCCAGUUUAAUUACAUUCUCUCACAACUGGAUCAAGCGUGGUAUUCUCGUACACAACGACCUCUUCCAGGUGUGGGGUGGUCGUUACGACGCGUCACUCUGGCCAACCUUGUUGAAGAUCCUCGAAAAGUUUGAGGUAGCCUACGAGCUGCCAGGAAAGAGCGAUGCAGAAGGCAAGUCGCUGUUGCCUUCGUUGUUGCCAGAGGAUCCAGAUGGUGAGAUCGCGCGUAUUCUCGAGCAAGAAUGGACACCGACUGCCAAGCUCGUCGAAUCGAAACAACCUGUGCACUUCUUUGGUUGCGAUUACAACUUUGAGUUUAUGCCACUUGGUUUCUUCUCGCGUCUACUUCUCCGUGUUCUCCAUAUCUCUGGUAUCGAUAUCAAGACGUACUGGCGUAACGGUGUGUUACUGGACAUUAUUGGAUCGUCACAGAAACAACAGGCUUUGAUUGCCUUUAAGAAACGUACAAACUUUGGAUCUAAAGAUGCCUACAAGUUGACGAUUGAAGUGCGCACAUUCAACAAUGGAAAGAAGGAAGACGAUUCCAAUGCAGCACAAUUCUUACAGCAACUUGUAUUCACUGUCGAUUCGUUGCUCAACAACUUUUAUUUGAAUUUGCCAAACAUCCAACGUCUCAUUCCAUGUAACCAUUGUAUCUGUUUGAAUCCAACUCAAGAGCCAUUCUACUUUGAAUUCAGUAGCUGUAUUACUGCACUCCAAGAAGGAAAACCGUUCCUCUACUGCCGAAACGACCCGAAUAUUCCAGUGCGUGUCGACUAUGUCGCACCAGACUUGGUCGCCAACAAGGUGCCAACUUUGAAGGAUACCGACGUCGAAUAUGAGAAGCAAAUCGGUAAGGGUGCUUUCGGUCUCGUUCACAAGGGUAAGCUCAAGAGUGGUCAGGUCGUGGCCAUCAAGUCGCUCUUGAAUCAAGAGGGACAAGAGACAGAGGAGAUGAUCGAGAAAUUCCAAGAGUUCCAACGUGAAGUUUUCAUUAUGAGUGGAAUGAACCACCCGAAUUUGGUGCGUCUCCACGGUUUGAUGUUCAAUCCACCGAGAAUGGUUAUGGAGUUUGUUCCACUCGGUGAUCUCUAUAAGCGUUUGCGUUGUGGCGAGACCAUGUCCUGGGGAUUCAAGACUCGUUUGAUGCUCGACAUUGCCAAGGGUCUCGAAUAUAUGCAGUCACUCUCACCACCCAUUGUACAUCGUGAUUUGCGUUCUCCAAACAUUUUCAUUUCAUCGCUUCACGAAGAUGCAGCGGUGUGCGCCAAGAUUGCAGAUUUCGGUUUGUCACAACAGUCCGUACCAUCUGUUUCCGGUCUCCUAAAGUCAAUCCAUUGGAUGGCGCCAGAAACCAUUGGUGCCGAACAGGAAAACUACACAGAGAAAGCCGAUACCUAUUCGUUUGCCAUGAUUCUCUAUGAGAUUCUCUCUGGAAAGGUUCCAUUCGAAGAGUACACAUUGAAGGAGCGUCAGUUUAUCACAGCGAUUCGUGAGCAGAAUCUCCGUCCAACCCUGCCAGAGGACACUCCUGCCAAGCUGCGAAACGUCAUUGAGCAAUGCUGGAGUGGCGAUCCCAAGCGACGUCCAAACUUUGCUUAUGUAGUCCGUGAGAUUGAGGAGUUGAGAGGUGGCAUCACCACAACCACAACUUCAGUGUCCGUCUCAACUGGCGUUGCUAGCCAAUCGGCAACUUCCACCACUACAACUACCACAUCCACAGAGAGUGGAUCGAUUAUGAACGAAGCUCCAGCUUCGCCAUCGAUGUCGUCUUCCACCCACAAAAUGGUGGAGUCGCCACUCACCAACACUUCGCUCACCGACAUGCCAUCGUACCGCUCACUAAACUCGAACAACAACAACAACUUCUCAAUGCCAAUUGCCAAUCAUCCAAUUAAUUUCAUCUCAAUGGCAUCUGUACAUCGUAAAUUUGAAGUGUUGGCAGCAACUGAAGCUGGCGAGUACGUCUGGACCAAGACCAACGACCACCACAUGUGCUUCUGGACAAGCAAGAAAGGAUCGCUCUAUCGUGAGAGCAAAUGUAAACACCAGAACAUCACUGUUUGCAUGACUAAAGUUGGCAGCUGUAUUUGGGAGGCAACUCGAUCCAACACCAUUCAUAUCUGGGACAUUGGAAGCAUGGAUAUUAUCCGCGAGCUCAACUACCCACACGCUUCAACCAUUGUCUCGAUGUGCUACGCCGCUGGCGAGUCAACAUUGCUGUACUGCGGUGACUCUGCCGGUAAAAUAACGGUAUGGGAUCCUAAGACUUUUGAACUCAAGGAUACCGUACAGAUCGAGGGUGGCGGCAGCAUCACCGGUCUCUCACUGUCACAGUCGACGCUAUAUAUCACCAAUCAACAACAAAUCUAUUUAUUUUCAAUCCGAUCUGGUAAGAUACUAUACAUCUCACAAACAUUAGAAUAUUCGAAUAAAAGAAAGUUAUGGUGUUGCGAAAGAAACAACGACUAUUUCGAACAAAUCUGA